UCUGCGCCUGCGCACGGGCGGAGGCGCGCUGAGGACUCGCUGGAGCUGGCAGGUGGCGGGAGGAGUGGUCCCGGGAGGAAGUGCCAGGAGUUGGUGCGCCACAGGUCGGGGGCGCCCGCGUUCCCUGGGCCUCGGAGGCCUGGACGCGUUCGGGACGUGGCUUUUUGCGGGGGCGUGACCUGAGCUCCGCUCCUCGGCUGGGAGUGGAGGAGAAUGGGGAUCGCCGAGGCCUUUAAUUAAUUGGGUGCCUGUUGUUUGUUUGCCCGAGGAGAUGACACAUGGGGUCUCAGCACUCCUCCUCUGCCCUCACGUUUUGUCAACGAAAGAAGGAUGACAACCCGGAGGACUUGCUGGCUGGUAGAGAUCAGGAGGAAGCCAUCGCUCAGUUCCCCUAUGUGGAGUUCACUGGGAGAAAUAGCAUCACCUGUCACACCUGCCAGGGAGCAGGCUACAUCCCAGCAGAGCAAGUCAGUGAGUUGGUGGCUUUGAUCCCCCACAGUGACCAGAGGUUACGUCCUCGGAGAACGAAACAGUAUGUCUUCCUGUCGGUCCUGCUGUGUCUCCUGGCAUCUGGCUUGGUGUUCUUCUUUCUGUUUCCGCACUCGGUCCUUGUGGAUGAUAAUGGCAUCAAAGUGGUGAAAGUCACGUUUAAUAAGCAGGACUCCCUUGUGGUCCUCGAUGUCACGGCCACCCUGAAGGUCAGGAACUCCAACUUUUAUCCCGUGGCUGUGACCAACCUGUUCAGCCAGGUUCAGUACAUGAAUGCUGUGGUGGGAUCCUACACGACCACGAACGUCUCACUGAUUCCCCCUCGGAGUGAGCACCUGGUGAAUUUUACGGUGAAGGCCGAGGUGGGAGGACCAUCUUCCUAUGUGUACUUCUAUUGCACGCUCCCUGCCAUCCUGGUACACAACAUUGUGAUCUUCAUGAGGACUUCUGUGAAGAUUUCAUACAUUGGCCACAUAUCCCAGAGUACCCUGGAGACACAACACUAUGUGGAUUGUGGGGAGAAUUCCACAGCUGUUCAGAGCCUGCUCUUGGUUCCCCGGGGGCCACCCCUGUAGAAUGAAGUCUAGCAUCUGUCCCUGUGGCUGGCCCAGCAUCUGUAUGGUGUAAGUGGAGGAAGAGGAGGCUGCUCUCUCAACCCACAGGAAACAUCUUCCCGCACUUAGGGGAAAGACGCCUUUCUAACAAAACCACUCAUCGCCCAGUGCCUAGUCUGUGCCUAGCAAGUAGUUAGCACUCAACCUCAGGUUGGAGAAUUGGAUUCAGAUACUUUGGCUGCUCUUGAGCCGUUAUAAUUUGAGAUGAACCAGGGUUCCAGGUUUUCAGAGCAGAGUAACGUAAGGUAUGAUGCUAGUGCAGCUACACACGUGUGGGUGUGAGAAGCACCCGCAGGUCAGGGUGUCCAGGACACCCGUGACGAGCCCCUCAGUGCCUGCCUUUGCCUCUGUUCCCUGAUAUCCCCACCCCCGGCUUCCCGGAAAGGUUUUGGCAUCUCUUUUCCUUCCGCAUACAAAGUGAUUACAGUUUCCCUCCAAGGGUCUAUUGACGGACUUGACAGACCUUUGAUCCACUGGCUGGAUAUAGAUUGGGAAUUUGAUAGAAUAAUAAACCCUGCUUUUGAUUGA